CCUGUAGAGUGAUGAUGCUGGGCCCCCCCCCCCCCCCCCCCCAGGGAUGGGUCAGUAGUUGGAUUAGCUUUCAUCUCUUAUCUCCAACUCGUUCAGCAUCGGUUACCAUGGGGAUUCACCCCGGUAACAACGGGAAGCUUGAAUCUGAAGAUACCCCUCGAUAACCGCAAACCCUCCUACUCCUUCGUAGUGAGACGCAGGCCACAGAACACAAAUAAAAAACAUGUAUUCAGCGUUUCACAUCCACAGACGAACCUCGUCACGGGUUGGAUUAAACAUCAGAGCAGUUCAGAUAAAAGCUCAAACGUACUCGGCAGAUAUUUGCCAAAUCAGAUUUUGAAUGAGCCAGAUGAAAAGUUCAGCGCCUUCGGGCACUGACUUGUGGAUUUGUGUGCGAGUCAGUGCCAGGUGCGUUUCGGCCAAUCAGCGGGCGCCGUUUCGGGGUCACGUGUGAACGCCUAUAAAGACUGUGUGGUCGCGCCCACAGCUCGGUCGCUGCCACAUGAUGUGAGUUACACGACGACGGUCUGAAUUAUCGCGUUUAGACAUGAUGAAUUCCAACAAACCUUACAUUGGCUGUAAAAUUGGUUUAAUUUCAAGAGCCCACAAUCGUUAUGAGGGAAUUUUGUAUACGAUUGACAAAGUGAACUCCACAGUGGUGCUGGCUAAAGUCAAGUGCUUUGGGACCGAGGGAAGACCCACCGACAGGCCGACGCCACCCAAAGAUGACAUCUACGAGUACAUCACUUUCCGGGGAAAUGACAUUAAGGAUAUCGCGCUGUGUGAACUUCCCAGGUCACACCACGGCCUGCCUGCAGACCCUGCGAUAAUACAGUCAUCCAGUGCAGGCUCUUCAGGCGUCUACCCAGCUCACGGGCCGUUCAGCCCCCACAGGAUGCCGGUCUACAACCAGCUCGCCGCCAGCUCUCUUCUUCAUCAACAGUAUGCUGCAGCGGUUGGCCUUGGGCCCGUGCUUCCGGGCUUACCUGUUAGAAGGGGCCCCACGGUGGAAAAGGCUGUUCAAACCCUCCACGUGGAACGGUCUAUGCAGAGGAGAAGCCUGACUGUAUCCCAGGAGCAGGAGCCGUGGUGGGAGAGGAGGCGGCCCCAGAGAACCAGGGAAGAGGGUCCCAAAUCCAGGAGAGGCCCUGGAACCUUCGCAAAUUUGGGCCAAGCCUUGCCCAAAGCUCAACUGGAAACCCGGCAACCGAGUGAUGAAAAUAGGCCACCACCCAGAAGAAGACAAGGACCUCGGAGGCGCAGGAACCGCAGUAGAGGACAGCUGAUGGUGGCCAAUGUUCCAUCUCCCGUCCUCAAGUUUGACACCGACUUUGAUUUUGAUUCCUCAAAUGCACAGUUCAUUAAGGAGGAACUGGAGCGGGGGGGGCAGGACAAGAGGAAGGUGAAAGAUGGAAAUCAUGAGGUAGAAGAGAAGGGCAAGGAAAAGGAGGAACUGCGCUCGACUGCGGAGGACGAUCAGUUUGGACCGAAAUGCUACUACGACAAAGCAAAGUCCUUUUUCGACAACAUCUCGUCUGAUAACACAUUCAGUUUCAGACUAACAUGGGCAGAGGAGCGGAAACGUAAUCUGGAGACGUUCGGGGUCCCCGGGCGGUUUCUGAGGGGCCGUGGCUUCCGAGGUGGAUAUACCGGACCAAGAGGACGGGGCGCUGCUCAGACUCUGCCUCCGUACAGAACCAGGAGUGGACAACUGUGAAGGUCAGCGUUUGGUACCAGGCCACUUAAAGCCAAACCAAUCUACUGCCACCACCUCUGAUCGUUUCCCUUAUGUAUGACGAUUGGGUUUGUUACCCAUUUCCUGUCCUGUUUUUCAUGAGCAGCAGAAGCAGCUCUGUUGGCGCUGUGUAUGAAAAUAUCCUUUUGUUUUUUUUAUCCUCUCAAUAUUGACAGGAUAAUUUUUUUUAUUUGUCAAUUUGGCUCCAUUUUUAAUAUGGAUGCAAAUGGUCCUCAGCACAUUUGACUGGAGAGGUUGUUUUUUUUUCUUUCAUUUAAUAUAGGAAGUGAAUAUUAUAAAUUUUUGUUUUGUUCUACUUGAUAAAUUUCACUCCUAAAUGUGUUGGUUUCCUGUUUAAGAACGUACAGUAUGUGUGGCUUCGCAUCUAGGAGAACUCAUAUAAUUUCUUAUUUCCUUAACAAAUGUUGUAAUCUAUGAAUAUUUUCAACAUGAAAUGGGACUAAACUUUAAUUGUAUUUAAAUGUUCAAUCUUGCUCAUGGCUUUGUCAUUGUCAAGCAACAAGUGAUAAUAAUAAUAAUUAUAAUGUAAAUAAAAGUGGAGACCACUGAUGCA